AAGAAAAUUAAAGGCCCGUAUAGAAACAAAGAAAUGGGUAGCAAAACAACGUAUUUCGAAGACGUACCACUUAUAUUGGAAAAAGGCCUGAAGUACAAUAACAAAACAGAAGAUGAAUUAAAACAAGAUAUUCAGAUCCUCCAAGAAUGGGUGGAGACUCAGCCACAUUUACCUGAAGUGCCAGACAAUAACAUGAUGACAUGCUUCUUGAUGAUGAACAAAUUCAGUAUCGAGAAUACCAAGCGAAGGAUUGAUAUGUAUUACAGUAUGAGAUCUUUGUUUCCUGACUUUUUUGAGAAUAAACAUCCAUUGGCCUCACAUAUGCUGAAACUAAUGGAUACUGUGUAUUUUUUACCAUUACCGAAAGCCACAGAAGAGGGAUAUCGAGUUAGUAUCUUCACAAUUCCUGUAGAAGAUCACUGCCUUUUUGAAAUAUCAGAUUUCUUUGGACAUACUUAUAAUAUAGCAGAUGUUAAGUUGCGAGAGGACUGUAUGUUAGGCGAUAUUUUGAUCUACGAUCUGAAGAAUAUCAAAAUGGCUCAGCUCACUACUGCUACACCUACCAUUAUGAAGAACUCAGCCACCAUUUUUCAGGAAGUUUUCAAUGCAAAUUUGAAACAAUUACACUUUGUCAACUGCCCGUCAUUUGCGGAACCUAUUAUAUCGUUAGGUAAAACACUGACGAAACCAAAAGUUGCUCAAAGGUUCCAUUUUCACAAAGAUAUACACUCCCUUCUGAAUUUCAUCCCAGCUCGAAUACUCCCAAGUGAUUUUGGUGGAGAAGAAUUGCCCUUGCAGAAAUUGAAUGAGCAAUGGAAAAAGAAAUUUGGGGAAUAUAAGGAUGUAUUCGAUGUAUUGGCAACAUUGCGAGUGGACGAAAAGCUGAGGCCUACUCCAUUAGUCAACGACGAAGUUCUAGGAUUUUACGGAAAUUUCAAAAAACUAGACGUUGAUUGAGUGUAUUUAAGCUGAACGCAUGUUGUUUUGUUGGAUCACAAAUCCAUCCUGUUGAAUACAUGCUUUUCCAUA